AUGUGCACGCUGAAAUGGCUCCUAUUCCUGCCGCUGUGCCUGUCCUGCAGCUACGCCUUUAUGUUUUCUUCCUUGAAAGAGAAAGCCCCAGAAGCCCAGGGCAAGGUGCCCUGUGGACGGCACUUCCGGACCAGGCAGGAGCUCCCUGAGGGCACAAAAGGCCCUGUCAUCCCUGUCAGUCCCCAUGGCGGCGUGACAGCAGGCUCCACGGGCAUGCAGAUCCAGCUGGAGGGUGGCUGGUGUGUGGACCAGAAUCCCUCGGGCCCUCGAGGCUGCCCCUUGCGAUCUCCACAGAAGAAGAUCCAGAGCACGUCCCCCAGCAAAGACUACGCCUUCAACACCCUGACCCAGCUUGAGAUGGACCUCGUGAAGUUUGUGUCCAAGGUGCGGGAGCUCAAGGACUCGGUGGCGAGCCCCAGCCUCAAGGCACAGCAAGGAGACCUGCCCUUGGAUCAGCUCAACAACGUCACCAUCUACGAGAUCUGGGGUGAGGAGUACCCCGAGUGAGCGCGUCUGGGCGUCCACCCAGAAGACACGGGCUGAGUGCAGACAGGCCGGGUGCAAAGCAGUGAAACUGUCGUGAAGAAAAGCCACCCCGCCUUGAGACUUCCUCGAUACAGAGCUUUCUCCUUCCUACCUAGAAUUAAAAAUGAAAUGUGA